GUCAAUUCGAGAAAUCACUCAGGACAUGCAUGUCUGUGUCAAUACUUCACUAUGAUGUAGUGUCGUCUCUCAUCUGGCCAUCCUGUCUCCUGGCUAUUGCAUCGUUUCUUUGAUCAACCCGCCCAGAUUCGGGGGACCUCAAUGUGGUAGCCACCCAGAGCCCAACAUUGAACCACCGAAACACUCCUUGACUAGACACUCCGUUCGGCAGCCUUGGUGCUUACAUGCACAUGGGAUCGUCCUCCAUCACCAACUUUCGUUGCUCUUGAGAUCCAAAACCAUGGCAGACACAGCCCCAAGUGCCAAAUUCCUGCAAGCACGCAUAUCUACACUUACCACGACAUUGAUCAAGCGGCUCGAAAACAUAUUGGCCGUUGCAGUCAAUCCCGAUACCAUGGCAGAUAGCACGGACGCUAGCCUCCCACCCUCCUUGACAGAGACGGCAGUACAACAAUUUCAACUCGAUGCCGAAGCCCAAUCUCUGAUCCGUGCGUGCGAAGACAUCAUGAUGCUUACAAGGAACAUGAAAGAUCUAUGGCUUUUUGGAGGACUACACACAUUGACUGGGGAUGACACAGAUGACAAGACUCCUGGAGCAGUGCAAGAGAAACGAGAUAUGGAAGAAGAUGCGAGGAUGGUAGAACAAGGCUUCCAGAGGUUUCUUGAAAGAUACGAGACCAUCAUAAACAACAAUGACAAUGAAACAUUAGCUUGAUUUUGAGCCUCAAGUGGUGGGGAUGAUCGCCAACGACAGUCAGGUCCUGACUUGCCUGUCAACAACCUGGUGUGGCAGGAGGUGGUCAAGGUACAGGGUCAUGCCGGUCGGUGUCUCUGUGCAGUGGCUCUACAACUGUCUCUGUAGACAGAUCACUGUCCAGGCAGCCUGUGGCGUGACCGACCCAAACCCAGAAAUUCAGGCCUGCCUGCGAGCCUGCGAGAAUCAAGGAACAGAAUGCUCUGGUACAACACAACACCGAGUAGACCAGCUUGACUCGUUCCAAGUUUGCAGGUGUUGGGCCACGGAGGAACCACAUUUUAGGCUCAACGGUGCCAACUGUACUGGAGUCUCGACCCUGGUAACUGUCACUAAAUGGCCGUGUGGCCUUUGUUCCGUCGUGCCCCUCAUGGGCCUUUUGCUUAGCGAAACCUAGCUACAAGCGCGAUUUCGUAAAGACAGAAUAGCAGCACGUUUGUAAGGCAGCCCAAGACUCUAGACUUUGAGUAGUACAGCAAACAAGAG